UUUCUCAUACUCGUGUUUGGGGAGCGAUUUGACAGGUCGUCUUGUCUGUGCCACUGCUGUCACGACUUUCACGGUGUGCUCCGUUCAUUUCGAACGAUUUUUUGUGAGACAAUGGCAAGGAAAUCGUGCGCUGUCGCGCUCAGCAACCCGUCAACUCCUGCCAGUGAUAUCGUCAAAUUGAUUGUGAAUGAAGACGAGUUUCAGCAAUCAGUAAUCCUUGAAGAAGGAAUCAUUGCUUACCCAUGGCAUAUAGAUACCAAGUAUUACACAGCUGACAUACACGUCUGUGCUCUGCAAGAAAAAACACUUGGUUCUCCAGACUUUGCUAACUCAGUCCAGGCAGUUAUUGUUUAUUUUGACAGUUCAAAGAAUGGGGGACUCUCGGAUGCAGACCAGUGGGAGCCUUUCGUUAAAGAGUAUGACCCUGACAUUCGCAUUUUGCUAUGUGACAACUGUGAAGAAAAUCCGUCAAAAGGAGUCAGCAAACUAGCCGCUCAAGAGUGGUGCAUUGCACGAGGCUAUGAAUUAGUCGAGAUCAACCCAGAAAAGGAUGAGGAGUGGGAAGAAGAACAAGAUUUUCUUGAAACUACAGGAAUUCCUAGAAUUGUACAAGCUCUGCAUGCUCAUGUGUGGCCUGAUUUAUGCAUGAAAGGAGAAACGAGUGACUGCUCCCGUGCUGUUCAGUCAAUGCUCCUUAAUUCUAGUGUUGCUGCUAAUCUUAUGGAAUCUAGUGGUGUUGAUAUGGACGAGUUGCUUUCAAGUAACAGAGAUGGGGAUGAGGGUCUCGGUGAAGAGUUACGAAACCUGCGUCUGCAUGAAGAAGCCCUUAAAAAUGACAAUUCAUUUGAUCCGCAUAUUUUGGAUGACCCACCAGAUGCUCUUGGGUCAGGGGGUAGCACUGAUGACUUCUUUAAAUUGUUUCAAAAUUUAGCAGAAAUGAAGGAAAGAGUAUCCGGAAUGACUACAGAUGAUCGAAAAGCUUGUGCUGAGCAAGUAGUGAAAGCUUUUUGGCAAGUUAUGGGUGGUGAUAGUGACGAAUUAAGUGAUGAAAGUGGUGAAGAAAAUUAAACUAAUUUUAGGUGAAAAGUGGACGACAACCUUAUUAUGUUUGUUUGAACUGUUAGCUUAUAAAUUUAUUACAAAUAAAAGACUAAUUGCAGAAAUUUCUUU